GGUGUGAUGGCAAUUCUGGAUAUCCAACUGAAUGCUGUUUCUGUGGUGAACCUCAUAAUGUCAAUAGGGAUUGCUGUUGAGUUCUGUGUGCACAUAUCACAUGCCUUCUCUGUAAGCCAUGGAGAUAGGAGCCAACGGGCAAAGGAGGCUCUGCGUACGAUGGGAUCUUCUGUCUUCAGUGGAAUUACACUCACAAAGCUAGUUGGAGUCAUUGUCCUUUAUUUCGCAAAAUCAGAGAUUUUUGUGGUUUAUUACUUUCAAAUGUACCUGGCAUUGGUUAUUAUUGGAUUCUUACAUGGGCUUGUGUUUUUGCCGGUGGUAUUGAGUAUGUUUGGUCCACCAUCGAGAAGUGUGCCCAUUGAAAGAGAGCAAGAACUUGAGACUUCCACUUUGUCACACUUGACUGAUUGACCAAAUGCAUUUGAAAGUUGGGUGGUUUUAUGAUGUAAAAUUAUGCCAGCAAGAAAUGAAAACAAAAUGACGGCAAGACGGAAAACAAACAAAUAAGGAGAAACAGGGAAAGGAAGAAAGGACAUGCAUGUACAACGAGUUAAGGAUAUGUAAUUGCUUUCUACCCAAAUUAACAGUGCAUAUAUUUUGGUCGAUGCUUAUGGUGUCAGUUUCUGUUAUCUUCACAUUUGUUGUCAGGAUCUCACCAUUUCUUUCCUUGUCAUUAAGCUAUGUUGUCAAUAGUUGACCCAAACAUUAGUAGGUUGGUUUUGGGUUUGGAUCUAUAUCUAAAUUUGUAUAAUAAUGUAUUAUUAUGUCACGUGAUACCAUGUAGCUACCAAAGUAGCAAUUUUGA